UAUGGCGCAGUGGUGUGGCAUACGCUAUGGAUGUGCCUUAUUUCUUAAUCCCCUGCACAUUCCUGCUCCACGAUACAGUAGCUUAUUCCGAGCACCGAACGACAUCAGUACGUAUUACGACGUUUUAGAUAGCGGUUACCGUUCUCGCGCGUCAUGUUUCGGUACUGGCUACUAGCGAUCGUAUGGGGUGCGGUAUCGAUCGCAUUUGCCGAGGAUAAUGACUUUGUGGACGUGUGUUUCGAUCACGAGGGAGAAAAACCACCGCACUGUGAGUUUAUCGACUUUGACGAUGUCUUCCAAUCGUCCAGCACCGACAUCAAGUUCAACUGGAGCUUCAUCACGAAGCUAACCAUCAGCAACAAGAAGAUAAUCGGUGUGCCGACGAAGAUGUUUGCCUCGCUGCCGAACCUUGAGAGCUUCAUCGUUCUGAACAGUCUAUUCUACCGCGAGAUUGAUCCGAACAGCUUUGUCGACUGUAACAAGCUGAAUCACAUUGAAAUCACGGGAACGAACAUCACGCUACUAGAUUCGCACAUGUUUCCCAAAACCCCCAAGCUGCAGUAUCUGCUGUUCCACCACAACCGUAUCGCCGAGAUCAAGCACGAUGCGUUCGAGUUUUUGCGCGAGCUGGAAGAGCUUAACCUGUCGUACAACAACCUGACACGCCUGCCGAGUGGAGUGUUUCACAAGCUGCGCAAGCUUAAAACGCUCGAUCUCAACCACAACCGACUGCUACUGCUCAGCUUCGAUAGUUGGUUCCCUCCGGAUGGUGCCGUUGCGCUGACGUACCUCGAUGCGUCCUACAACCAGCUGGUCGACAUGUCCUGGACGGAGAUUAGCGUGCGUAAGGUGAACCUUAAGUACAACAAUCUAACCAGCGUGCACGUGAACGGAAACUGCAGCGAGUUUCAUGCCUCACACAACGCCAUCGAUACGGUAACAGUCGGGCGCAAUUGCAGUCUCGAGAAGCUCUAUCUGGCACACAACCGUCUGCAGGGAUUCGAUUGGUUGCAGCGGUGUGCAGAUACGCUUCGCUCGCUGGACAUUUCGCACAAUCUGCAGAAAAAGGGAACGGACUUUCUGAACCUGAAGCAAAUCACUGCCCUCAACAUCGAGUGCACGAACAUCAGCCUAAACUAUAAAACGUUGCACGAUUUGCGGAAGCUGCGCUUCCUGGACAUAUCGUACAAUAAUCUGAAGAAGAUCGAUCUGGAAAAUUUAACCUCGCAGCGGCUGCUGGAAAGGCUGAUGAUCAGCGGAAACCCGAUCGCUAACAUCUCGAUCGGUUCGAUCAAGAGAAAUUUCCCGAACCUGAAAUCGCUCGGUAUCUACGAUCUGCCCUGGAACUCGACCUCGCUGUCGAUUGCGAUCGACGACCUGAAGAAGCAUGACAUUCAGCCGUACAUACGGAGCGACUACCUGUUCGACGAGUCAAAGUGUCCGUUGAAGGUGACGCCAGCGUUCGGUAACGAGACCGACCAUGAGCUGGGCGAUGAUGACCGUGCCGGGGAAAGGCACGAACACGGUCGUGAAGGUGAUAAGACGGCAGAGUAUGUCGUCAUUGCACUGCUAUUGUGUAUGGUGUGUGGACUGCUGGGUAAAUUGUUUGUCGAUAGUCGAUACUUUCCGGUAGUGCUUAAGGAACGCAUCCAGCGACGAACGUCCAUCUCGCACGAAAGUUUGGUUUCUUGCGAUUUGAACGGCUAGUGAGUCUCUUAUUGACAACGUUUCCAUUGUGCUAAAAUGUCGCUAGCAGAGCCAAAGCUGUACCGAGUUUAUUGCUAGUAUAACAUACAGGAAGUGCAGCUGUUGAGGAGACGCCAGUACGGAGUACCACGAUGUUAUGAAUAAUUACGUAGAACAUUAAGACAAACAACUUGACGUAUUAAAGUAUUUGUUUGGAACGCACUGCGCUAUCAGUUGUAGGUUUGAGUGGCAUCUGUUCUUGGGUUCCUAUAGAACGCUGUGCUACGUAGGUCUUAGUCAACCGGUGAUUCAUGGGAAUUUUUUCAAACACUAGCAAAUUGAGAGUGCCAAAGGGCACCGCAAAUGCAGUCACGCAUUGAUGCGUAGAUUUCAAUUCCAAACCUCGCGUAUUGGUCUGUUACAUUCGGCUAAAUUGUUUUCUCUAUUCAAAGCGUGUAUGCAAACCAAUGAUUUGAUAAGGGAACAGGAAACGAUUUGCAAAAAAUAGUCCUGUGAAUGCAUGUAAUAAUUAUAUUUAUCGAUGGCAAGUUUGCGAAACGGUUUCUUGAUAAGCUUCAGAUUCUUACUAGCAAAUGAGCAAUCUGGCCCGAUUUGGCUGUAUACACUUGAUCAGUUUCGAAUGAAUGCAACUCGUGUAAAACAAUAAAGAAUGCCAAAUGAACUAUACUAAACGGAGGAACCUUCAU